AUGGCUGUGAAUGUCUACUCCACCUCGGUGACGAGUGACAACUUGAGUCGCCAUGACAUGCUAGUGUGGAUCAACGAUUCCCUCAAGAUGAAUCUUACGAAGAUCGAGAUGUUGUGUUCUGGUGCUGCUUACUGUCAAUUCAUGGACCUGUUGUUCCCGGGCUGUUUGAUUUUGAAGAGAGUGAAAUUUGGGGCCAAGCUGGAGCACGAGUACAUCCACAACUUCAAGCUACUCCAGUCUGCCUUUAAAAAGAUGUCCAUUGACAAAAUUAUUCCAGUGGACAAGUUGGUGAAGGGGAAGUUUCAAGACAACUUUGAGUUUGUGCAAUGGUUCAAGAAGUUUUUCGAUGCCAACUACAACGAGAGAGAGUACGACCCCGUUGAGGCCCGGCAGGGCCAGGAUACUGCACCUUUGCCAAACGCCAGCACAUCAGCAUUUAACAAGGCUCCGAAGAAGGCCUUCAGCCGGGCUCCUGGGAAGCCGCCAGUUGCCACAGUCGCCCCCAAGGUGAUGCCAAUUGCAAGCAGGAAGUCCCCGAGUGCCACUGGCAACAGGGAUGAGGCAGAAGUCCUCUCAGAAAUGGAAGAUCUGAGGUGUACCAUUCAGGACAUAGAGAAGGAGAGAGAUUUUUACUUCGGAAAGCUGCGGAACAUUGAACUAAUUUGCCUGGAAAAUGAAGGGCAGGGCGAUCCUGCACUGCAGAAGAUAGUGAAAAUCCUCUAUGCUGUAGAUGAGGGUUUUGAGAUCCCUGAUGUCGAAGAGCCAGAGGAGUUUUAG